GUGUUGGUGUGUCCGCCAUUUUACGCGACUCGCCGUCGUCGAACAUGAACAACAACGCAGCUCCGGGCGCCUCGGAUCAUGAUUGUCGCGUUUCCGGCCUGUGAUUAUGUCCGUACGUAUUAACGCAAGUCCGUCGUUCGGCCGAAAUUGUUUCGCGUGUUCCGCGUCUUCGUGGUGCCCGCGGUCCGCCGGCUCCUCAACGGUGGUGUUUGUGUGACGUCCAAGACGUCGUCGUCGUCGUACCGGGCGAAAUGUCCAAUGAAAAAUGACUCACGCCAGCCAUCAGACCAACGGCGCCAGCUUGGAGGACUGUCAUACCAACUUCUUUGCCCUGACUGACCUGUGCGGUAUAAAAUGGCGUAAAUUUGUACACUGCUCAGCUGGUCCAGAAGGACCUCCUGACUGGGGAGGCGGACCUGGUAGUGGAAACAAUACCUGUGGUUCUGUACUUGAGGACCCGGUACUAUCCAGCUAUACGCGAUGUUUAACCAACGAUAUGCUAGCUGUUUGGAGACGGGUCUCACUUCCACAAGGCAACUCUCAACAAACAUCGCUUGACCCUUUGGUUCCUACGCCACCAACUCCAUUACCUGCACUCCCACCUGCACUUUCUUUGAAAGCUUCCAAAGAGUUGUGGAUAUUUUGGUAUGGUGAAGAACCCGAUCUGACUGGACUAGUUUCUCAACAGCUCUUACAUAAUGAAGGAGAUAAUGGAUCAUGGGAAAGUGGUUUGUCUUAUGAAUGCCGUUCUCUUUUAUUCAAAGCCCUCCACAACUUAAUUGAAAGAUGUUUACUAUCUAGAGAUUUUGUGCGGCUGGGGAAAUGGUUUGUGCAACCUUAUUCAUCAUCUGAAAAAUUAGAUGACUCUUGUUCAAGUCACUUAUCAUUUUCUUUCGCAUUUUUCGUCCAUGGCGAAAGUACGGUUUGUGCUAGCAUUGAUGUAAGGCAACAUUCGGUUGUUCGUACAUUAUCAAAAGAACAUUUAACACAAGCUUCAUGUCAGUCUCCUAAUGGAACAAAUAUUCAAGUAAUGCUUGCACCAUUCGGCCUUGCGGGAUCACUGACUGGCCAUGUAUUUAAAAAUAUGGAUGCCGAAACCAGUCGUAUGAUGGAUGAAUGGAGUCAUUUUUACCCCGUUGUGAACAAUAAUGGUCCAAAUGAAUUACCUUCUGUUGUAGAAGUGUUAGUUGGCGGGGUCAAAAUGAGAUAUCCUUCGUGUUAUGUAUUAGUUACUGAUUUAGAUGACAGCACUGCUGAAUUACAUAAAAAUCCUAAUACACAUCAAACAACAUCUCAACAACAACCAUCAAUUAAAACACAACUAUUGCCUCCUAAACAUCAACAUCAUCCCAACACAAUGGUUUAUGCUUUGGAUAAUACAACAACAGCAAUACCUGAAAGGACAUGGCAAGAUUGUGUUCUUGGGCCACUACAUACUGAACAAAACCCGCCGUCCAGACCAGGGUCCCCAACUUUAGGCCAAUGGCAUUUGUCUGAUCCAUUACAAAAACUCACGUGUUCCUGUACAAGGUGUAGAAAAACAAGUUCCAAGCACCAGCCACAGCCAAUCGGCACAACGUUCCAUAGACGCACUCCCCUCCCUGAUAGUUGCGUCAUUCAGCAGCUGCCACCCGAUGCAAACAAUGCCACCCUCAGGUCUACAAGAGUUGGCCCCCCAGAUAGUCCUUGUGGCCUUGACUCUGUUCCACCUUUGUCUUCGGUACCAACUCCUCCAUCUGCUGGUCAACCAGCUCCAUUAUCCAUUCCUCCGCCAACGUUGAGCCCACAUGAUGAAAAAAUUCCAAUUACUCCAUCAUCAGUUGACUUCCAGCCUAAGUCUGUGUCAUCGGUUACUAAUCAAGUUUUCUCACCAUAUCCAACUUCAGCUCCUGCUAGUCAAGAGCCAAAUAAAUCUGGACGAGAAAGCAAUGCCGGUACUCCUGCUCCAGUAAGCAGUGUCGUAAGUGUUCCAGCAACUACACCAACAGCAACUUUAACACCAGUUCCUCAGUCGCAAGCUCAGAGUUUAAGUACCUAUAUAACUCUGAAGCGGCCACAGCUUUUAUCGAAAGAUUAUGAGGCAAACCUAGUUGAAGAUGAACUUAUGCCGUCCAAACUGUUGUAUGAUUACUCUACCAUGGAUGCUUGGUUGUACCAUCCAGUGAAGAAAUUUAAACCAACAAUCCCAAAAGAUGAACCAGUCUCAAGGAUAAAUAAUUGUAUAGAAAAUCCUGCCUCUCCUCCACAAGUUUACAUUAGAAGAGACACCAGUUUACCUAUUCUUCCAGUGGAACCAACAGAAAAUGACACGACACAUUUUGGCAGUUUUGAAGAUAUGAAAAAUAAUGCUUUAAGGUUUAAAAGUGGUCGAUCAGACCCCUACGACUUUGAUGAGGAGAGUGGUGCUCAUUCUAGCAACAAUGUGAUGGCUGUAAAUGAUUAUAAUAAACAUAGUACUUCCAUGAUAAAGCAAGAAGAUGUUAAAAAAGAAUAUGAUUCUACAUUAAUGAAUGGUAACCGAUGUACUGGGGAUAGUAUGAGAGACCUCGAUCAUAUGUUUGAUACUUCUGAUGAUUUGUCUAGUGAUGAAGCUGUAGCAGCUUUGCAAAUGCAAACACCUCCUGGUUCCAAUAAACCUGAUGAUUGUAUCGGUAGCGGCUUGACAACACUUUUAGUGAGGCCACCUCGAGGUAGUGGAGGAGGAACUGGUGGUGGCGGUGUUUUGAGGCCUGAGGAGUUAGUCAAAAUGUUUCCAACACCUCCAUCAUUAGAACAUAAUCCAAUAGCAUCUCCAUGUCCUGACAUAGAUCUGCUUCCUCCUCGUAACUACCAGAAUUCGUACAUGGGGAGUCCUCAACACGAUCACAUAGAUGAUUGGUCAUAUGUUUACAAACCGCCAGCCAUAGCCAAGAUGGUUGGUUCUUCAAAAUAUGCACCACUCACAAAUCUUCCAAGCCAAAAUUUACCACCAUUAGUACUUCCUUCCAAUUGUGUGUAUAAACCUUCUUCAUUUGUUUAUCAUUCAUCACACCCUUCACAAAUUCAACAUCAUACACCUCAACCUGAAAAACCAACACAAAUGGUGCCGCCACCAGCAUCUUCAGCUAAUAACAACUUGGUGCCUAAUAUGAAUCGUAAUAGUCAUUACCAUCAUCCGAUGAUGAUGAGUCCAUCUCCUCAUAGCACACCCUGGCCUGGUGGAGGGAAUCAAUAUCAUCAUAGACCUCCGUCGCAGCAAAUGCAACACCAACAAGUGCCUCCACCCCCAUAUAGUCCAGCUAUUUCUCAACAUCACAACAUGAAUGUUACAUCAGCUAGCAUGUCACCACCUGUGCCUGAAGCAAACUCUAUAGUGGUGAUUGUUUUAUUAACUGACUCAUUAUUAAAUGUCUUCCGGGAUCACAACUUUGACAGUUGCACAUUGUGUGUGUGUAAUGCUGGUCCAAAAGUAGUUGGCAAUAUCAGGGGUACUGAUGCUGCAGUUUAUCUUACUCACACUUUGACACCAAAUGGUUAUUCAUCUCAAUAUCAACAGCAUCAUAUGUCUGUUGGAAUGCCUGGCGACGAAGAUGGAAUACGAUGUAGUUGUGGUUUUAGUGCUGUAGUCAAUCGCCGUCUCUCUCAUAAAUCUGGACUAUUUCCAGAAGAUGAAGCUGAAAUAACUGGUCUAGUUGAAGAUAUCCCAGUACGUGUUGAUGAAAAUUCCAUGAAUCCUGAAGUUUUAGAGUUAGUGAGGGAACAAUGUGCAGCUGUAGUUUAUAGUCCGUGCAAUUCGCUAGUAAGAGCGGCAGCAAAAUAUCCUAUAUGUAAUCCACCACAGACAACAUUAGUUAAUAUGUUAGAAUUCACCGACACGAAUCAAGUUGCUUUAUUAGCUCUUGAACAAGGAAGAUUAGCAAAAUUGGAAGGUGGAAUGAAUAACCAUUGGCAAGUUGAGCAUCAUCGUUGGCCAGGUCAUCACCAACAACCAUUGCCACCUUUAAAUAAUAACUCACCACCUGUUCAUAAAUGGGCUUAUAGUCAAGCAUCCGGACCACGUAAUAGUAGACAACUCAUACGGGUUAUGAGAACCUUACAGCCAAUUUUGCAGGAAGCUAUUCAAAAGAGAAGUGUAGCGUCACGACUGUGGGAGCCUUAUACAGUAACUGGACCUUUAACAUGGCGUCAAUUCCAUCGAUUAGCUGGCCGAGGUACUGAAGAUAGAUGUGAACCACAACCAAUUCCUCCAAUACUUGUUGGACAUGAUAAGGAUUGGCUGGCCGUUGCGCCUUUAGCUCUUCACUAUUGGGAUAAAUUAUUACUAGAACCUUUUUCUUAUUCCCGAGACGUGGCGUACAUAGUGGUCAGUCCAGACAACGAAUUUAUUUUGCAAAAAACAAGAUCUUUCUUUAAGGAACUAAGUGCAGCUUAUGAAAUUAAUCGAUUAGGUCGCCAUUGUCCAAUUACCAAAGUGUUACGAGAUGGCAUUCUUAGAGUUGGUAAAUCAGCUGCUGCUAAGCUUGCUAAAGAGCCUGUGGAUGAAUGGUUUACAAUGCUAGGUGAAAAUCACCAAUCAUCAAUGUUGAAACUAUAUGCCCAAGUUUGUCGUCAUUAUUUAGCACCACAACUAUCUCAAUUUUCCAUGGAUAAAACUUUAUUAGAUCCACCUGAAGGUAUCAGUGUACCAAGACCUCCACCUUCACCAAUGCCUCCACCAGCAUCAAUGACUCCCAACUCGGCUGAAUCACCUUUAUCUACUGAUCGUGCUCCCACGCCAAAAAGUGAAGGAGCAGAUGAAUCAUGUUCUGGAUCUCAAGCCGAUAAAAGUUUUAACAGUAGUGGGGAUAAUAGCCAUUGUGACGAUGAUGAAAGUGAAGUGCCAGCUAUUGUUAUUUAUCUCGUUGAACCAUUUUCUAUUGGCAAAGACAGUAGUAAUCUAGCAAGAAUCGCCUGUCAUGGUCUUCUACGAUGUUAUAAUACUGUAUUAGCAACAUUACCAGAGGCUAUUCGCUCAAAUAUAUCUGUUCAGUUAAUAUCUUUGGAAAGUGUACUCGAACUUGGUCGAUCUUCAGAUCAUUUAAAAAUGAGUGAUAACAUGAAAACUUUGGCUUUGUCUGUGUUUAGCCAAUGUAGACGUUUCUUAACCCAUACAUCCAAUAUUAAAGCUCUUACUGGAUUUGGUACAGCAGCCAUGACUGAACUGUUUUUAAAGAAUAAAGAUGAAAAAAAUCGAACCGCUUAUAAAGCAUACACUCCGCCAUUUAUUUUAGCUGGUUAUAGGAAUAACAAAACUGGUAGGGCGGAUAGUAGUAUAGCUGGAGAUAAUAGUGCUGGUGGUGAUAGUUUGUCAAUCCUCGGUGGACCUAAUGGAAAUGGAACACCUUCAGGAACUGAUCAACAGUGUUCAGUGCUUUAUGCUAGUUAUUGUAUAUCUGAGGACCAAAGAUGGAUAUUAGCAACAGCAACGGAUGAACAGGGCAUUUUGUUAGAGACUGCUACAAUAAAUAUAUAUGUACCCAAUAGAAGUAGGCGGAGAAAAUCUCCAGCUCGAAGAAUUGGAUUACAAAAAUUAAUGGAGUUUAUUUUGGGUGUUAUGAGUCAAAGUGUAACACCUUGGCGUUUAGUUGUAGGACGAGUUGGUAGAAUUGGUCAUGGCGAACUUAAAGGCUGGUCUUGGUUAUUGAGUCGUAAAGCUUUAUUGAAGGCCUCACGCCACUUAAAAGAAUCGUGUGGCCAGUGUAGUCUUUUAUAUCAGAAAUCUGAUGUACCAUCCGUAGUAAGUGCUUGUUUGGUUUCUUUGGAACCCGACUCUUCUCUGAGAUUAAUGCCUGAUCAGUUCACACCCGAUGAACGCUUCAGCCAAGCAUCGGUUGCUUGUCAACUAUCUACACCUAGAGAUGUUUCAGCCACUCACAUAUUAGUAUUUCCAACAUCGGCAACAACCCAGUCAUCACAAACUGCCUUCCAAGAACAACAAAUCAAUGGCCCAGAACUCAAAGAUGACGAAUUGUUUAGUGCAUUUAAUGAAGAAGAUAUGCCUGAGGGCAUGGAAGAUAUGGGUGACUUUAAUGAUAUAUUCACCACGUGGAAUGACAGUGACGCAGUUGGAAACACAAGCUUGGGUCUUCCUAGUGGUGGAGUAUCUGGUGGCUUAGGCGGACCAAGUGGAAACGUAAUGGGAGGUGGAAUGGGUUCUGGAUCAUUAGGUGGGUCGAUGGGAAUGGGACGAGGAUUGAUGGGAGCUAGAGGUGAUUGUUCUUCUCAACCCGGUAGUCCACCAUCUUCACAACCUUGCAGUCCUUUCAAUUGUGGUUCAUCAUACAGGAAUGGAGGUAGUUGUUUGGACAGUCAUGAAGAAGUUGGAGCAUUACUUCAACAACCGUUAGCUCUGGGAUAUUUAGUGUCAACUGCACCAACUGGUCGGAUGCCUUCAUGGUUCUGGGCAUCGUGUGCACCAGAUAUUGAAAAAUGCAGUCCAGCAUUCCUGAAAAGUGCAUUACACAUGCAUACUGUACAGCUGCCAAACAAUGCAGACCCAGCUGCUGCAGAUCUUCUGCAUCCAACAUCUGCAGUUUCAGCUCAUCCUCUAGAUUCUCAAUACACCACAGAUGUCUUAAGAUAUGUUUUGGAAGGUUACAAUGCAUUAUCCUGGCUAUCUUUAGAUUCAAACACACGUGAUCGAAUGUCAUGUUUGCCAAUUCACAUGCAAGUGCUAAUGCAGCUGUACCAUACUAUGAAUGCACUUAUAUGACGUUAACAUAUUUUUUCUGAAUUAACUUAGCUAAUUUUCGCCAAACGUUUCCUUUAUAAUUUCAUCUAAUUUUUAGAUCAAUAAGGUGAUAUUUUCUUAUGUACAUUUUUAGCUUUAUUUGAAAACCAAAAUAAUUAUAAAUAACUGGACACUUUUUUUUAGUUUAGACAAAACUAAAAUAAAUCGCAUAAUAAACAGUAGGUACCAAUGGUUAGAAAAUUUUUUAGGGCAAUUUUAUUUUAUUACAGUAUGUUAUAGGUAAAUUGUGAAUGUAAUUAAUAAUAAUAUUAUUCUUGAUACAUUUAAAAAAAAAUUUAAUGACAAUUUAUGUUCAAGUUGUCAAGGAACGAGUUACCAUAAAAUAUUGUGUCGUUUUAAUGGUUGUUCAUAUUAUUUAAGUUUAUUCUUUUUGUAUAAUAUAAUUUAUUUCACCUUUUUUAUCAUUUUAAAUUAUUAUAAAUUUUUUUAGUAAAUGUCAAUUUUAGUCACAUUGAUUUGUGACUGUUGUUGUUUAAUGUCUGGCUUUAUAAUUUUUGAGCUUUUUAUUUACCUUCCCCCUUCCCGAUUUAAUCGGGCUACUUGUAUAUGUAUAUUUAUAAACAUAUUUUGGUUUAUUAUCGUUCAUAAUUAUUAUUAUUAUUAUUAUUAUUAUUAUUAUCAUAAAUAAAGUGUACAUUUGUACACAUACAUAAUUAUGUAUAAAUAUAUUUUAUUAACUAUACAUGUAAAAAUAUUAAUUAAUUAUC